AUGCUAAUUUCCGAAGAAUUUGCAUGUAGUGUAUGUGGAUCUUUGUAUCAAGGCAGUUGCUUGGGAUCAUCAUUGUGUGCAACCGCGGAACAAGUGGGAAUAAAAUACCUCCUUGGUCCUCUUUUAAAUCUCGGAUUUGGUGAUGCGAAUACAUGCUCGACUUCAUUUGCUUGUCCAUUAGGAACUACAAGCAGCGUCAAGGAACUUUUCACUGGAUUGAUAGUUCCAGGACCACCACUAGUAGUUGCUACAUGUUCUGAAGUUGGACCGAAAGCGGGAAUUUGGUAUCUUGGUGUGCCUCCAUUAAACACACCAAUUGAAAUUGUUGGCACAUCCUGCAAUGAAUCUCCAAUGGAAGCCGCUCCAAACGAUUUAAGAGAUGCUUGUGAAGAAUUUUGGUUUCUCAAUUAUAAACGGAUUAUAUUGUUUAUUCGUGUUUACAGCAUGCACGAAAAAAGAUACGACGAGCAAUCCGUCAAGGACUACAAGGAAAUCGACACGUUGUUAGCAUCGAUAUUCAGUUAUUACGCAAGGUGCAAAGCUAAAGAUAUGUUGGAGGAAGGAGAAUCAUCCGAAGAAUACGAUUCCGAUGAGUGCAAUCAUAAGGACGGAUGUUGCUUAUAUGUACCUGAUGAGGAAUCUGAUGAAGAAUCCGAUGGGUAUUAUGACAAAGAAUCAGAAGAAGAAUUAGUGAAUGAAUCGAAAGAAGAAGGGGAUGUCUUCGCUGAAAAACCAGUAAGGGUUGAGAUUGUCAUGAACAUGUGA